AUGGCAAAUCGCGAAGUUGCGCGCCAUGUCGCGCACGACGCCGUCGAGCCCUCUGUCGCGCGCGACGCCGCCGCGCUCCCCAACGGCCGGCGGGACGCCGAGCCGACUCGCCGUCGCGCCGCCGUCGCCGACCACCCCGCAAAGCAGAAGCGCGCGCCGUCCGCCGCGGCGCGGAGGCCGUCGCGGGCGCUCCGCGCCAUCCGCGCGCUGCUCCGGUCGCUCCCGUUCGUGGCGCCCGCCGCGUGCCGCCCGUCGUCCGCGCUCCCGCGGCGGCACAACAGGCCGCACGACGGGCACGCCGGCGGCGGGGCGCGCGUGACGGGGACGUUCUACGGCCACCGGCGCGCGCGCAUCACCCUCGCCGUCCAGGAGCGGCCCGGCAGCCUCCCGUCCCUCGUGCUCGAGCUCGGCGUGCCGACGGCGAAGCUGAUGCAGGAGAUCUCCACCGGCGGCGGGCACGUCCGCGUCGCGCUGGAGUGCGAGAAGAGGCCCAAGAAGUUGCCGUCGGCGCCGCCGGAGCAGGCGAGCGUGAGCCUCCUGGAGGAGGCCAUGUGGACGGCGUACGUGAACGGGCGGCGCGUCGGGUACGCGGUGAGGCGGGAGGCGUCGGAGGGCGACCUCGCCGUGAUGCAGCUGCUGAGCACGGUGUCGGUCGGCGCCGGCGUGCUGCCCGGGGACGUGCUGGCCGAGCCGGCCGGGGCGGAGGGAGACGGCGAGGUGACGUACAUGCGCGCCGGGUUCGACAGGGUCGCCGGGAGCAAGGACUCGGAGUCGUUCUACAUGGUCAACCCCGACGGCGACGCCGGCGCCGGCGCCGGCGGCGGGACGGAGCUGAGCAUAUUCUUUGUCAGGGUGUAG